GCAAGCCGAGCUGCAGCGCCAGACGCGCCGCCGCCUCGAGAAGGAGCGGCGCAUGCGCGAGCAGCAGCAGCGCGCGCUGCGGGACGUCAGUGGCGUGACGGACACGGCGGAGCUGGUGUGCCGGCUCCAGGAAAUGAAGGAGGGUUGCGUGACUGGAGAAGACCAGGAUAUAGUGGCGGCCGUGCAAUCAGUCAUCAACACAUUGCUGCUACACAUGAAGACAAUGAACGGGGUGGACACGGCGGCGCACUUGAGGGACGUGCUGUGGGAGCACUUUCUGCCAGGCAAGGGCCAGGUGAUGCUCAAGUACAGGGGCGACUCAGCCCGGCGCGUGCGCGAGUACAUGUACCAGAUCAUCCUGCUGCUCGAGAUGUGCUGGGUGUUGGGUGGUGAGGCGUGCGAGGACGACAAGUACCAGCUGGUGGACCUGCUGCGCAUGAUCUCGCUGCACACGGCAGUCCGACCGUCAUGA